AUGGCGCCGCUGCUAGGCAAUUGGGAUGGAGAUGCCAGCCCAUCAUCAAAUUCAUCAAACAAGGACGGCAAUUCUUUGAAGAGCAUUCUCUAUGUGGAUGCCUACGAUUCAUUUUCAUACAAUGUGGUCGCAAUGCUCGAGGAGACGCUGGGCGUCCAAGUCACCGUUAUGACAAUCGACUCCGACUGGCCGGACGGCAGCAUGAUCGAAUUCCUCACACACUAUGAAGCGAUCGUGUUAGGCCCCGGUCCUGGAAAUCCCAAUUUACCCAAAGACGUCGGCAUCAUGCGAGAUAUCUGGAAUAUGCGGGAUGCCGAGCUGCUGCCGGUCUUCGGCAUCUGUCUAGGCUUUCAGAGUUUGUGUCUGCACCACGGCGUGCCGAUCGAGCGUCUUCCUUACCCACUGCAUGGUCAGGUUCGCCAUAUUUCAACAACUUCGAAAGAUAUCUUUGAAGGGCUUUCCGAUGUGGAGGUUACAUUGUAUCACUCGCUGUAUGCCAAUUUGGAUGCCGUGAGCAGAACGCGGGGUCUGCCGUCAGACGAUCUCGACUUCUUGGCAUGGCUUCCUCUGGAGAAAGGGUCUGGCUCGGUGACGCAAAUUCCAAUGGCGGUUGCUCAUCGCCAAAAACCGUUCUGGGGUGUUCAGUUCCAUCCUGAAUCUUGCAAGUCGGAAAAGGAGGCUUGUAAAACGUUGCUGCUGAAUUGGUGGCGCAAGGCUCUUACGUUCAAUAAGCUUGUUGGGCGCGGGGGGUAUGCGGUUCUCCCCGAAACGAUCAUCACACCGCACGAGGAUACGAAAUGCUUCCCUGAGGUAGCAUAUGAGAUGUUGAAAUGGAGCUCGUCGACAUCAUCCUCUUCGGCGUACCGAUCUCUCAAGCAGGGAAAUUUGACUGCAGAAUCUAUUAGCGAGCUGUUCAACAAGCCCGGAGCUCCGACAGUAUUGUUCCAGUCCAAUGGUCGAUACAAUAUCAUUUCAGUUCCUAGCCCUGGAUCAUGGCGAUUUGAAUUCGACGUCGAGUCUCAGAAAUUGACCAUGUACCAACUCAGCGCUGGUCGCAAGAUGGUUGAGGAUUCUUUGACCGUGACGCAGGUAUGGGAUGCUCUUCGAUACUUGAUGGAAAUGAAAAAGGUCAACUCGGGCAGUACUCAGGUACCUUUCUGGGGUGGUUUCCUGGGAUACUUUUCCUACGAGCUUGGCCUGGCCUGUCUACCUCAUCCCAAGGGGUCUACUGAGUCGACGUCUUCUUACGAGAACGCUUCUCGCAAAUCCCCCACCUCUGAAAACAAUCCGGCCGAUGUCAGCUUGUUAUGGUGUGAAAGGAGCAUUGUCAUCGACCAUACCACUGGAAAUAUCACUGUACAGUCUACCUGCGAAUCCGAUAACCUGCCAUGUGGCUGGCUGGACGAGACAUUGCAGCUACUACAGGAGUCUGCCGGAACUGUUCAGAACAAUGGAUCCGACGAUACCCAAUUCCUAAACUCCAACCUCCAAGACGCCCAGUUUACAUUCCCAGAAGAAGACACAUACAAACAGCAAAUCCAUGCUUGCCAAGCAGAACUAGAUGCCGGUGAAUCCUACGAGCUCUGCCUCACGUCUGAAACAUCAAUCACCCUCCCGAUUCCCACAACCACAGAAGGCAAAGCCAUUUUCCCUUGGAAACUAUACAAAAAACUACGAAAAUACAACCCCGCAGCUUUCAGCGCCUUCGCAGACCUCGGCUCCGCAAAAAUCGUCAGCAGCAGUCCGGAAUGUUUCCUCAACUGGGACCGUUCCUCCAUGCUAGAAAUGAAACCAAUGAAAGGCACCGUCCGCAAAACACCAGACAUGACCAUGGAAAAAGCGCGUGAAAUCCUAGGCACAACGAAAGAAAUGGCCGAGAACCUGAUGAUCGCCGAUCUGAUUCGUCACGAUCUAUACGGAAUCUGUGGGUCUGGCGGUGUCCGCGUCGAGAAGUUACUUGAAGUCGAGGAUCACGGUCGAGUGUACCAGAUGAUUACGCACGUUAAGGGUGAAGUUCGCUCUGAACAACUCAGGUAUGCGGUAAGGCAUAUGCCGCAGCUUAAAUCGUCGAAUAUGGCGGUUCAUGGUCUCACGGCGCUUCAACGUUGUCUGCCUCCGGGGUCUAUGACUGGUGCGCCCAAGGAGCGGUCGUGCUUGCAUCUGAGGCAUAUUGAGGCGCGGAAGCGUAGUGUUUAUUCUGGUGUGAUGGGAUAUCUUGAUCUUGGUGGUGGUGGGAGUUUCUCUGUUCUGAUUAGGACUGCGUUUACUCGGGCGUCGGACGAGGAUGCUGGUGAACAAACCCAUCAGACGUGGAGGAUUGGCGCAGGCGGUGCGGUCACUACACUUAGUACCGCUGAGGGCGAGUGGCAAGAGAUGUUGACCAAGUUGCGGACCGUGUGCAACGUGUUUACACCGUCGGAACCGGUAGCUUGA